AUGUCGGAGUAUCUAGUAACUAUGGCGGAUCAGUCCCAGAUGGAGCGUUAUGUCUUGAAUAGACGCAAAGACGUAAAGACAUGGGAAAGGCUUCAGAUGGCUGUUAGGAUGAUUGCAACAAUCGACCCACAAUAUGUUAUUGUUCAAUCAUCAAGCCCUUAUGGUCAGAGACGGGUAUCCAUGUUUGCUCAUUUUACCGGAGGUGUUAAGGCAAUUGCUGGAGGACACAUUCCCGGUACCUUCAGUGACAAACUGCGGCCUUGUUUGUUGAUUGUCACCGACCCAAUAACCGAACAUCAAUCAAUUAAGGAACCUGCUUCGAGAGACAUUCCAAUUCUAAUUAUUGCUUUCUGUGACUCGGAUUCUUCAACCGUAUCGGUUGACAUUCGUAUUCCUACUAAUAACAAGGGAAGACACAGCAUUGCUUGCUUUUAUUGGCUUUUGGCUAGUAUGGUUCUCAUAAGAUCAUAA